AGAAGAAGAAGGAGCAACGGCAAACCAACCGACGGCGACAGUUACUCCGCAAUACAUUCCCGCGGACGUCAUCGGAAAAAUCUGAAGAAUGGCUGACGAAGAACCGGAUCAACCUGAUGUUCGGGCGCGUUCAGCGGAGAAAUGUUGGCUGGUCCCUGCACCGAAUCGAAAUGGAUUACAUUUACGGCGAAUGCACACUUACUGACGAGACCCCUACGCCACUGAUUGUGUCCCACGUCAGCAGCGUCGUCUCCAAGCAUCGCCGCCUCCAGUGGGACUGAUAUAUUUCCUCCUGGACUCUUUUUUGCUACAGAUCGCACCAGGUUAUCAAGGCCCAUCUUCGCCGAAGACUGCCACGCGUUCAUCGGACGGUGCGCCUGCGCAAAAACCUUGGUCCCGUGACUACCUCAACAGCAACGCCCCGAAGACAACGCACGCUAUAAAAGAGGCCACACAGACUGCAUUGCACAGUUCGGCAGCGGUGCACGCACAGCACGGACCUGAUCAUCAUUUAUUCUUUGCCCUCGCAGGGUGUUUCAAGGCAAAUUCGUCUGAAUAACUACGGGACGAAAUGGUACUUCCUAUAUUUGGCCAGGCACUGUUCUUUGCCAUCGCGACUGCGAUGGGCAUCUGGAUGAGCACGUACGUCAAGUUUCAGAUAUUGCUACAUGGCAACUCUAUCCUCGUUCCCCAAAACCGGACGGUGCCGGACGAAUUUUAUAACGAGAAGUACGGAGAGCACUUGAACGUGACAAUUGGGAACAUUUCUUUCCACUAUGUGACAAAGGGCUGCGAUGAAGAUAGACAGCGCCCAGUGUUGCUUAUGUUGCAUGGUUUUCUUGAUUUCUGGUUCAUAUGGAACAGGCUGAUACCGGAACUAAGCAACGAAUUCUGUGUGGUUGCGCCAGACUUACGUGGCUACGGGAACACGACGAGGCCAAAUGACACUGCCGAAUAUUUGAUGCGCCAUCUAAUCGAAGACGUCAAAGGACUGGUGCAACAUUUCAACCCUGAUCAAAAAAGAAAAGUUGUGCUCGUAGGUCAUGACUGGGGUGGCAUGAUCAGCUUCUGCUUCGCCACGAUCUAUGAGGAGUUGGUGCACAAGAUGAUCAUCAUUAACGGAAUGCAUCCUAGGGCUUUCAUGAAGCAGUUGUUUCGCAGUGUGAGACAAAUGAGGAUGUCCUGGUACCAGCUUCCCUUUCGACGUCCCGUUGUGCCCGAGCAAUACCUAAUCAUGAAAGACUUGGCUUUCUUCGACAAAGUGCACAAGGGCUUUACUAAAGACGAGGAGUAUGCCCACAAGUACGUGUACUCGCAACCAGGAGCACUGACUGGUACCAUCAACUACUAUCGUGCCUUCAACAACGAGAGCAGCCAGCUCAGCAAUAUACCCUACCGCAAGAUCAACGUCUCCACACUCAUCCUAUGGGGAGAAAAAGAUGAGUUUAUCAUGACGCGCGUCGCAUUGUACAACCAGGAGUGGCUAAAGAACUCAGCGGUAAUUUACUACGAGGGAGCGGGCCACUUUCCUUUGCGAGAAUGCCCUACGCACAUUAUCAGUCGCAUUCGGAAGUUCGUGAUCAACGGCACAGUGUCAGUAGCCGAUGACAGACGUCGGUGGCAGUGGUGGCGGCGCACUAACGACCUCUGUCGGGAGUCCAGGAGACCACGUGGUACAUGGAUACGUAGGAUUCCACCUUUUAUUCCUGACAACGCGAAACUUCCCAAGGAAAUGGCAGAAUAAACAUCCACCUGCCUGAUCUCAGACACGUCUACGUCACCUUUUGCGCCUGCAACCUCUAUACGCAUGAUGUAAUAGCCUGCCAGAAAGGAUUACCAUGACUUCCUGGAUUUCGCACAUGCAACAUUUAGUGCUUCGAGGCUUUAAGUGGACAAACCCUUCUACGUUUGUGCCCUCAAACGUAGUGUUCUUCAAAUGCGAAACAGUCCUCCAUCGAAUCGGGCAAUUUGCGGUAAAAGGUAAGAAGGUGAGCUCCUUUCUCGCAUCGUUUCA